AUGAACACCUCCACGUUGAACGAACUGCUGGCAGGCAGCGUCGGCGGUGCCGCGCAAGUGCUGGUCGGCCAGCCCUUCGACACGAUCAAAACGCGUGCACAGGUCGCUCCCAAAGAGAUGUUUAAAGGUCCCAUGGACAUUCUCAUUCAGACCGUUCGGAAAGAGGGCUUCUUUGCGCUUUACAAAGGAAUGGCUAGUCCACUCAUCGGCAUAGCGGGAGUCAACUCUCUGCUCUUCGCGGCGUAUGGGGUUUCGCGACGCCUCAUCUCUCCGUUUCCACAGUUGUCUCUCAAAGAGAUCGCAGCAGCGGGCGCCAUGGCCGGAGCAAUAAACGCUGUACUUGCUAGUCCGGUGGAGAUGUUCAAAGUUCGUAUGCAAGGCCAGUAUGGUGCCGCGUCCGACAAGCGGUUGAGGGCCGUUGUGAGCGAGAUGUGGUCGCAAUAUGGCUUCAGGCGAGGAAUCAUGCGCGGCUACUGGGUGACAGUCGCUCGAGAAAUUCCUGCAUAUGCUGGCUUCUAUACAGCGUUUGAGUUCUCUAAGCGUCAAUUUGCCAAGACCUAUGGCACACAGCUUCCAGUGUGGGCACUUCUUACCAGUGGAGCAACUGGAGGGAUCGCCUACUGGCUAGCUUGCUAUCCACUCGAUGUCAUCAAAUCGCGCGUUCAGCUGCGGACAACGCCUCCCAGCGGCACACCUGUGCAAUACAUAGCGCACGAAUUCAAAACUAUUGUGGUGGAAUCGGGAACCGCUGGUUUAUUCCGAGGCUUGACUCCUUCACUCUUGCGUAGUAUACCUGCGGCUGCGAGCACCUUUGCUGCGUUUGAGUUGACCAGAGAGUACCUGCGGGAAAUAACAGGAAUAUGA